UUUGCGGCCGGCACGGAAAUUGCUGUCCUUUCGGCUUCCGCUCUUGGUCCAUGUGAGAAGCAGGCUGCUGAGAUGAAAGCGAUCCGGGCUGCGGAGGGUCUACUGACUUUGAGCCAGCAGGAUGAACUAGUGGAUUUACCAAACUACCACUUGAGUGCCAGUGAAGAUGAGGGGGACAGUGAUGGAGAGAGAAAACAUGAAAAGCUUCUGGAAGCAAUCAAUUCUCUUGAUGGAAAGAACAGGUAUAAGUUGACUGAGAGAUCUGAGGCUAGUCUGAAGGUGUCAGAGUUCAAUGUCAGUUCUGAAGGAUCAGGAGAAAAGCUGAUCCUUGCAGAUCUGCUUGAGCCUGUUAAAACUUCAUCCUCAUUGGCUACUGUGAAAAAGCAAUUGAACAGAGUCAAAUCAAAGAAGACUCUGGAAUUACCCCUUAACAAAGAAGAGGUUGAACGGAUCCACAGAGAAGUAGCAUUCAAUAAAACUUCACAAACCCUGUCCAAAUGGGAUCCUAUCGUUCUGAAGAACCGGGAAGCAGAGCAGCUUGUUUUUCCCCUGGAGAAGGAGCAGUCAGCCUUUGUUCCCAUUGAACAUGUGUUCAGUGACUGGAAGGCAAGAACUCCCCUGGAGCAUGAAAUUUUUAACCUCCUCCAUAAGAACAAGCAGCCAGUGACAGACCCUUUACUGACUCCUGUGGAAAAAGCCUCUCUGAAAGCCAUGAGCCUGGAAGAGGCUAAGAUGCGCCGAGCAGAGCUUCAGAGAGCCCGGGCUCUGCAGUCCUACUAUGAAGCCAGGGCUCGAAGAGAGAAGAAAAUCAAAAGUAAAAAGUAUCACAAAAUUGUGAAGAAAGGAAAGGCCAAGAAAGCCCUAAAAGAGUUUGAGCAGUUACGGAACAUCAAUCCAACUGCUGCAUUGGAAGAACUGGAAAAAAUUGAAAAGGCUAGAAUGAUGGAGCGAAUGAGCCUUAAGCACCAGAACAGUGGAAAAUGGGCCAAGUCAAAGGCAAUUAUGGCCAAAUAUGACCUGGAGGCUCGACAAGCUAUGCAAGAACAGUUGGCUAAGAAUAAAGAACUGACACAAAAACUCCAAGUAGUCUCAGAGAGUGAGGAGGAGGGAAACACAGAAGAGGAAGAAACCCUUGUCCCUGAUGUAGUGAAUGAAGUACAGAUGGAUGCAAAUGGACCCAAUCCCUGGAUGCUCAGAAGUUGCAACCCCGAUGCAAAAGAGGAUGAAAAACAGAUGGACUCCGAACACCUGCCUGAGCCUGUGGCCCACCAGUUUUCUGAAAGUGAGGAAGACGAGAGACCGGUGGCAGAGGAAGAAACUUUGUUGAAAGAAUUUGAGGAAAGGAGAGCCCUUAGAAAAAGAUCCGAGUUCAGUCAGGAUGCUGAGCCCAUGGGCAGCCAAGAAACACAAGAUUCUAGCAGCCAGGAGGUACUAUCUGAAGUAAGGGCAUUGGCUCAGAGACUCAACAAAGGAAACCUUCAGUCCAGGAAGCAAAGAGUGACUUCCACGGGAACUGUUCUCCAAGUCCAGAGAAAGGAACCUGCCCCAGAGGAAGAAGAGCCCCUUUUGCUGCAGAGGCCAGAGCGAGUACAGACUCUGGAAAAACUAGAAAAGCUGGGCAAAGAAGAAUGUUCUCAAAAGAAGGAGCUUCCCAGACCUAUAUUACAAAGGGAGUGGACAGAGAGGAACCCAAAUAAUCAGCCAGAUGCCUCUAAGGGGAAGAAAAAGGAGCAAAUGAUUAAUCUACAGAACCUCCUAACUACAAAAACUCCUUCUGUGAAGUCUUUGGAAGUUCCCACAAUAGAGGAAUUGGAAGAUGAAGAAGCAAAAGUCCAAAAGCAAAUGAUAAAGGAAGCUUUUGCUGGGGAUGAUGUCAUCAGAGAUUUCUUGAAAGAGAAGAGAGAAGCUGUGGAGGCAAAUAAGCCAAAGGAUGUGGACCUGACACUGCCUGGCUGGGGCGAGUGGGGUGGUUUGGGUCUGAAGCCCAGUGCCAAGAAAAGACGCAGGUUUCUCAUUAAAGCCCCUGAAGGUCCUCCAAGAAAAGACAAGAAUUUGCCAAAUGUGAUUAUCAACGAGAAGCGCAACAUCCAUGCAGCAGCUCAUCAGGUGCGAGUGCUUCCAUAUCCAUUCACCCACCAUCAGCAAUUUGAAAGGACCAUCCAGACCCCUAUAGGAUCCACAUGGAACACCCAGAGGGCCUUCCAAAAGCUGACCACUCCCAAGGUUGUCACCAAGCCAGGUCAUAUCAUUAAGCCGAUAAAAGCAGAGGAUGUGGGUUAUCGCUCUUCCUCAAGGUCGGACAUCUCUGUCAUACAGAGCAAUCAAAAACGACUCUCUGGACAUCACAAAAAACAGCUGAAGAAAAGCUCUACAAAUUGAGUCGUCAGAGGAGUAACACCUUGGUGCCCAGGACCAGGGGCCCCGACAGUUCCUCCUUUGGUUGCUGUGCUGCAGGAUGAAUUCCAAAACCAGUUUCGCACACUAUGGGUAUAACAUAGGCCACCUGUUAUAAAUAAAGGCAUUUU